CUUAGAGCAAUAAAUGUAGAUCUCCAGGCUGAUGCUGCUCUGCAAGUGGAUAUCUCAGAUGCACUCAGUGAAAGGGACAAAGUGAAAUUCACUGUCCAUACAAAGAGUUCCUUACCAAAUUUCAAACAAAAUGAAUUUUCUGUUGUCCGGCAGCAUGAAGAAUUUAUUUGGCUUCAUGAUUCUUUUGUUGAGAAUGAGGACUAUGCUGGCUAUAUUAUUCCACCAGCACCACCCAGGCCUGACUUUGAUGCCUCAAGGGAGAAAUUGCAGAAACUUGGAGAAGGGGAAGGGUCAAUGACUAAAGAAGAAUUCACCAAGAUGAAACAAGAACUGGAGGCUGAAUAUUUGGCAAUCUUCAAGAAGACAGUUGCAAUGCAUGAAGUAUUUUUGUGUCGUGUGGCAGCACAUCCUAUUUUGAGAAAGGAUUUAAAUUUCCAUGUAUUCUUGGAAUAUAAUCAGGAUUUGAGUGUUCGUGGGAAAAAUAAGAAAGAGAAACUUGAAGACUUCUUCAAAAGUAUGGUUAAAUCAGCAGAUGGUGUCAUUGUUUCAGGAGUAAAGGAUGUUGAUGACUUCUUUGAGCAUGAAAGAACAUUCCUUGUAGAAUAUCACAACCGUGUCAAAGAUGCCUCUGCCAAAUCUGAUAAAAUGACAAGAUCACAUAAAAAUGUGGCAGAUGACUAUAAUAGAAUCAGUUCUUCAUUAUAUGCUUUAGGAACGCAGGACUCCACAGAUAUCUGCAAGUAA